AUGGAUCCAAUAAAGUAUAUUUUUAAAAAUCCUGCUUUGAUUGGAAGGAUUUCUCGUUGGCAGAUGCUAUUGUUUGAAUAUGAUAUUGAAUACCGUACUCAUAAGGAGGUUAAAGGAAGUAUUCUUGAAGAUCAUUUGGCUCACCAACCGAUCGAUGAUUAUGAAUCCAUUAGGCUUGACUUCCCUGAUGAAGAUGUUAUGUACUUAAAAUUUAAGGAUUAUGAUGAACUAUUUCAUAGAGAAGGACCAGAGUCUGGUUCCCGGUGGGAUUUAGUGUUUGAUGUAGCUGUUAAUGCUUAUGGUAACGGAAUUGGGGCAAUCAUUAUUACUCCUCAGGGUUCUAAUAUCCCUUUCACUGCAAGAUUGAUGUUUGAUUGUAUGAAUAAUAUGGCAGAAUAUGAAUCUUCUAUCACGGGUCAUGAAGAAGCCAAUGAUUUAGGGAUUAAGAUCUUUGAUUUAAACAUAUUCAUCAGGGUUUAG